AUGCUCUGCAUCUUGGGCGCCCUCUGCGUCUCAAGCGCAGCCCUCCCACACAUGAACCAGGUCUCAGUCAUCACACUCAACGACAGACACUGCACCCUCAGCAUACCCAUCGUCGGGUACAAAAACAACAUCUACAGCGACGGAAAGACAAUCCUGCUACACCAGAGCUCCAUCAAAUCAUGCUGUCCCAUUCACACCUUCAAGAGGUGGAAACGCCUCACGCAGAGUCUUCGCUGCGGUACACGACAAUGUGGCCUCCUCUUCUCACUUCAGCGACCAAUUAGCAACCUCACUGCCAACAAGUGUGCCUCCAUCCUCCAACACCUUGUGACAGACACCAAUCUUGACCUGUCCAUCUUCACUGCCUGA